AUGGUCGGACAACUGUUGACCUCCGUUGCUAUCAUUGGUGGGGGGCCCGGAGGAUUAGGAGCUGCCAUUGCCCUUUCCCAGCUAUCAUUCCUACAGGUUACUCUUUACGAGAAAAAUCCAGAGCCAAGGGAGGCCGGUGCGGGUAUUAGUCUAAGCACAAACGCGUGGAAAGUCUUGGAUUUGCUAGGAGUAAGUGAUGGGGUGAAAGGAGGCUCAAAGUCAAAUACACAUCAAAGUAUCAUCAAACACCCAGAAAAUUCCGAGGCACAGUCUCGUGGAGCAAUUCGUGCUCGCAGGACCCGGCUGCAGUCAGCGCUUUUGGCCAAGGUACCCGAGGGUAUCAUCCAAUAUGGUAAAAAGCUUAUCAUGUUGGAAGAUUUGCCGACAAGUGGUACUCGACUGGUGUUUGAGGACCAGACAGAGACAAUCGCAGACAUUGUAGUUGGAGCAGACGGUCUCCACUCGAUCCUUCGGAGGACCCUAUUCCAAGGCCAUGAGCUUCAUUUUACUGGCAAUAGUGCCUUUCGCGUACUAGUCCCUAAGUCAAGCUUGGCUCAUAUUCCAGAAAUCACAUCGACGACAUCUUGGUGGUGGGGUAAAGAUGGCCACGUAUAUCUCUCAGAUGUGGACGAUGAGACGGAGUUCGAUGACCCUCUGUUUGAGAUCACUGUGAGAUCUUACUGCGAACCCCAUGUCUCGGGAAAGACAGUCUUUUGGGGCAUUCCAGCCACGAACGAAAAAGUGGGAUCUCGAGUUGAGAAAUUCGAUCAGAGAUUGAGAGAUGCCGUAGGUGCAGUUCCUGAGGGAGAAUGGAAAGAGUUCGCCACAUUUGCAGGACCGCGCUUGGAUAGGAUUACAGGCUGGAAGAAGGUUGCGCUUAUUGGAGAUGCCAGUCAUCCUUUGUCGGGGGCGUUUGGGUCUGGAGCAACAUUCGCCAUGGAAGACGGUUGGAUUCUCGCUCGAGCACUCGAACUCACGCAAAAUGCUGCUCAUCCGGUGGAAAAAGCGCUUGAAAUAUUUGACGAAAUUCGCUCUCCUUACUACUUAAGAAUGUAUCGUCACUUGGAUGAAAACAAAGCUAAAAUGCAGCAAGUCCAAAACGAGAACGAAGAUUUCAACGUCAUUUUGCAAUCAAAAAUCGACACUUUCCUCUACGGGGAUAAAGACUUCAUUUACAAAAACGAUAUCGAGGAGGUUUGGGCAAACUACAUAUUGAGCAUUGGAAGUGCGACAAAGAAAGGAAUUCAGGCAAAGCCUGACCUUCGAGAAACACCCGCCCAGGUGGGCAUUGAGGUAUCAUCUGCAUAG